AUGGGUAAUUGUGUUUCGCCGGAGACGGAUGAUUCGUCGUUCGCGGUGUGGAACGUCGACGAUGGCGGGAACCGGGUGCAACCGGGAAGGAUAUCACUGACAGAAACACAUCUCGUCUUCGUACAGAAGGCUGGUGAGCCGAUCCGUUGGCCCCUCAGUGGACUCCGACGGUACGGUUUCGAUGCGGAACUUUUCUCAUUCGAAUCGGGUCGACGCUGUCCGACAGGUAGCGGCGUUUACGCUUUCAAGUGUCCACGGGCGGAGCGUCUCUUCAAUCUGCUCCAAGAACGGAUACAGGCUCAAGCUCCGAUUCGGCCGAAUUCAUUGAUCGAUUCUCCACCGACCCCUCAAGAACUGCGGACCACAGCUGACUACCUCGAACCCAUUUCGCUGGGCGCACAAGUGGUGUCUACGGUGAACUUUGUCAACAAUGUGUCGCCGCUCGGAGCUGCCGGUGCUGGACCAGUUUAUCAGAACGUUCCCGUGCAAAAUCAACAGCAGCAGCGGCAAUCGCUGCCUCAGCAAGGAAUACAUCAAAACCAAGCAGCACAGGAAGCGCAAGUUCCGCCUGCGUCGUCGGCGAACGCGUUAGCGUCGAUGUCGAACGGUAGCAAGGAUUUCGUCGCCUCGAUGGACUCUUUGACCGCGCCGGGCGUGAAUUACGUUGUACUCGAUCUCGAUCAGCCCAGUGAGCCGCCCACGCCCACGUCUCCGACGACUCCGACCCCAGCAAUCGCGAGCGCGACUCCGCAGUCUCCUUCCGCUCCACUCGGUUAUGCUCAAAUCGACUUUGACAAGACGAUGGCCUUGCAGCACAUAGCGAGCCGAUCGAGAACUUCGGACUUGUGAUUCCUACCAAAGGCAGCUGGAGCGAUCAGUUUCCGGGAUCGGCGAGUCUAC